CUCACAGCAACCAUGUCAAGUCUAGUAAACAUCACUCCUCAGCCUCACAGCCAGAAGCGCAAAGGUGGAAGAGCACCACUGCCAGAAGUCGAAGAGAACUUUACGCGGCUGCCACCAGGACCCGGCGACAGGACAGAACGCGCAGUAUGCAAGCACUGCCAGAAAGAGCGCAGCUGGCACACGACGGAGCUGGUCAAACACCUCGACAAGUGCGCUCAGUAUACGCCUUCGAAACGUCAAAAGUACACGCGACCAUGGCGCAUUGAACAGCCUGGCAAUAGUGCGCACUCGCCAAAUCAACCACAAUCGCAACAACCUUCUCCACAGCAGUUGCACUUUGACCCCGCCAGCAACCGCAGUGUGCGAGUUGCUCCCAAUACCGCCUUCCAAUGGGAUGGUGCUGCAGUUGCUGGAAGGUCUUUGACGACGAACAAUUCGGAUUCUAGGUCAGGAGAGGAGACCCACCAUGUCGAUGGUCUACAAGAGCGCGACCCACAGCCGCAGCAGCGUCCACAACAGCAACAACAUCCAAACCACCACACCCUACACACACCCUCCCAAUCCCUCGGCAACACCACAGACUACACAACCACCAAUACCCCCAACUUCGCCACUCGACCCCCUUCCCAACACCAACCCCCCACCUCUCCACCAUCUACACAUCCCCAACCCGUCAACGACCCGGACCCACGCCUCCACAGUUUCAUAGAAUACGAGCGAGGCGCCAUGGCAUGGCAAAACCGACCCGACGAUUUAGAUGCCAUAGAAGCUUGGUUGCAACACCAUAGAGUCGACAUUGAAGAUAUCAAGGAGAUUACAGAUACCAGAUGGACAGACUCGUGGGGCUUGAAGUUGGGGGAUCUGUAUAGGAUCAAGAGGGAUGUGCAGACGUUCAAGGUGUUUGCUACGAGGUAG